AUGUUCCACUUUGGUAGGUAUCAGAUAAUAUUAUAAGUGCAGUUUCUUAGUCGUAAAUGUUUGGCUUGAAUUCAAACAGAAUUAUUUUGUUCUCAGUCAAUAAACAGGCCUUGAUUCAUCUUAUUUCAUUCCAUUGUUACUUCAAGAACUUUUGUCAGCGGUGUACAGUUCGUGCUACUCGACAGAGCAUAUCUAUUUUUUGCUAAAUUUAGUAGUUCCUGUUUGAAACUUUGUGAAUUAAGAGUCUCAUAGAGUUUAGGGGAAAAUUUCUUAAUCGUUUAAAUUAAACGACACAUGUACUGUUACUUUUUAAAACUGAAAGUAUUCAACUUAAAGUGUUAAAUACCUGGCUAUUUAAUUUCACUCGCUGUAUUGGUUUAUGUAUUGCUUUAUGUGUCAAUCUGAGUACUACCCCAACAUGUCUAACUCGAAUAAGUAUGCUUUUGACAUUGCUGAUGUCGGAAGUUACUGCUGAAAUCACUCAUCUGUACACUUGAAAAUGCAUUUAGCAUUUUACUGGUAAAUUUAAUAGUUAAAUGCUGAAAUAAAAACAUCCUUGAACUUGUAUUUGUUGCAUUGGCAAUAUACACCAAGAAUAUUGAUGACAGAAAUGCAAUACAUGUUGAUUUUUUCUUUUCAAAACAGCUGCAUAGUAGGAAGCCCUCAAAGGUUGUUCAUAACUUCUCUAUGACUUGAUAACCUUGUGUAAAAUCGUACACUAACAUUCCUUUCAAUAGAAAUGUAUUUCCCAUCAGUAAAAGCAGUUUGUCAGUCAGAUAGAUGCCUUCUUAUACACAAGAAAGCUGAAGUACAAUAUUGCUUUAUGUAAACACUGUUUGGCACUUCAUUUCAUCCACGAUUUAUAGAUAUGAACCGCACUUUGCUUGUUGAAGAAGGAGAUGAUGAAGUUGCCAAUAAACAAGAUAAGAAAAAGAGAGAAAAAGAAAAGUUUGUAGAAUCAGCAGGUACUUUACAAGACAGUGUGUAUUGUUUAACAAAAAGUCUUCAGUAUCAUGUUAUAGUUUAUGCCUAACCAUUAACACCCUAACAUCAGUAUGCACAUUCUCCCUACUGUCCUCAGUACAUUUCUUAAGGUCCUGACAUGGAGAAUUUGCGAACAAUCAAGAGCCCCUUUAAUUGUUGAUCAUUUCUUUUGUUCACGUAUCUUUAAUGAUUGAUUCUGGGUGAUUUGUCAGGAGAAAUUAGAUGCUAUCACUCUUAGGAGAAAAAGGUUUGAUGGAUGCAUAUUAUGGCAAAGCUCUUGAACCUCAUGUUGUCUUAAUUUUGGGCUACAUUUCUCUGCAUACACUUGUAUCCUGAAAUUUACUAGAGUACUGGCAUAUCACCCUAAUUGCUGUAUUCCUAACAGUACUUUUCUCUUGAAAAGUACACUUUGGAAAACAUUGUAUUGGAUUACCAUCCUGAUUGGUACAAAGCUAAGGAAUAAUUUUUUUUCUAUUUGCAAAACAGACAAAAAGAAAAAAAUGACUUUUAAGAAAGCAGAUGGUAAGAAAGAUGUGCACCAUAACAGUUCAAUAACAGGCUCAUCUAAAGUACAGCCAGCUGAAAUGGUUGAUAUGGCUGCAGUGAAUCCUGAUCCCGAUGGUAUAACAUCACCAGUGGGAUCCCCGGCAGUUACUGUUCCAGGAACAGGUGUUUAUCCAGGAAACAUUGUAAUUCCACCGCCACCCAGAUCUACAGCAAUCCAACAAGUUCCCUCACAACACUUGCAGCAGAGAGGAAACUGGCCACAGCAGUCACAACAGCAAAUGCCUGCUGUCUAUAUGGUACCUGCACAGCAAGCUCACUUUAUCACAACACCCUUCCAGUCCCCAGGACCCCCACCUCAGCAAAUAUCAGGACAAUUUGUUACACAAUCAUACCAGCAAGGUCAUUAUGCCGGGGCACAAUAUCACCAGACUGUCCCUGUUGGACCUCCUGUUCAAGGUGUUGUGUACAGUGGUCAAGUAAUUGCAGGAUCUCACCAUGGCAAUGUGCUCGCAAGAACUCAGUCCCUGCCUGUUUCUACAGGUAAAUUACACAUAUUGUCAGUAUUUUUUCCAUCUUAUCAUUGUUCCAAAUCAUAAUAUUUAUAAAAUUACAGAUUUUUUAAAUAAACUUUAUUGUUUUGGUUAGGUGAACAGAUACAGAGUUCAGGGCAGCCUGGUUGGGCAGUGAAACCCCCAGCAAGUCCUCCACCCCUAAAUAAUGCAGUAAUAACUUACUGUAAUAAUUUGCCCUCAGAUCAUGAAAGUCCAAGGUUAAUAAAUUAUAUUCUCACACAGUGUGAGCAGAUGAUCAUAAAAUGAUCAAUCAUUGAUUAUGGUUAGAUGAAGAUUAGGGAUGGUUUUUAGUUAUCACUUAUUAGUUGUUAUUAUGUUCUUAAUCAAAAAACUCUUAUUAUGUAUUCACAGGUUACAAAUAAUUUGUUCUCAAUUAGUUCUCAAUCAUACUACUCAUUUUCAGGGACAUGGAUGCAAGACAAAAAUAAUGCAAAUACAACGAACAAUACACAGUGGGCAGCAUUCCCUCCAAGUACUUCUCUUCAACAAGUACCUGUCGUCAAUGAACUGGAUGAAGAACACAGCUCCAGUGAUGAAGAUGUUGAUCGCAGCAGUUCUCCUGAGCUUGCGGGUGAAGAGGGUGAAGUUCUCCUUAGGUAUGUUUUGUACUACAUUUACUACAUUGUUCAUUGUACCACAUGAUUUUUAAAGUUAUAUUUCCUCCUUCAGAGCUCCAUCACUGGCGAGUUUUGCAGAAAGUGUCAGCAGCAUUGAAGAGGAAUCAGAAGAUAAUGUGUGGUGCAUUUUGCCUGAUCAAAGAGAAUAUUACACAAAACAAUUUCUAAGACUGCAACCAGCUAUAGAUGGUGUUGUGAAAGGUAACAACAGAAUUAUUAAUAAUCCUGUUCACUUUUGUCAACAAUUGUGGGAAAUAACAUUAUAUGCAGUCUAUGACUUGCCCUAUAGGAAGGGAAGGGCUGAUUCAGAUUGGUAAUUUUAUGCACAUCUUUUGCUUAACAGUGAAUGGCUGUCAUGAGAAUGGUCUUGUUAAUGUAUAAUUGUGUUAAUAGUAAUAUUACCUUUGUGAGCACAAUUUGUUAAUUUUUUAUCUUGGCAUUGUAGGACCAAGAGCAAGGGAUUUUUUCAUGAAAUCUGGCUUACCAGUUGAGGUGCUAUCCAAAAUAUGGUAUGCAACAAUGAAUUGUUGGCAGUUGAUCCAUAUUUUCUGGGAUGGUAUGGCAGUUAUGUGAAUUUAUGAUUUUCUUGUGUACUCUUUUAAGGCACUUGUCAGACCUCAAUAAGGACAAUGCUUUGAAUUUGGAUGAGUUCUGCAUAGCAAUGCAUCUUGUUGUAGCUAUGCGACAUGGCCUGGAACUGCCACUGACCUUACCUAAGGUCUUGUUACCAGAAAAGAGUGAAGGUAUAUAUGGCAUCUCUGUGCUAUUGCAAAACUUAAUGGUUAUGAGUUGAUUUUAAAUGUGGGUGAUUGUGUGGUUUCCAAACACCUCACUGUAAAAUAUGAACUGGCAUUGAAUGAGUUACUAAUUUCCAGAAUUCAGAAGACUAAUGAGAUUUACUCAUGGAGACAAUUUCAAGAGGUGCCAGGAAAAAGUGCACAACAAUGAUAAGUUUUGGAAUCAUAAAUAUCAAGGAUUUUUUAUUAUUAUUUUUUUUACCUUGAGAUGAAGAAUCUUCUUUAAUAACCUUCAUUAAAAGUGCUACUUUGAAAUUAAAAAUUUUAGUGAUUUAAAAAAAAACACUAUAAUUAAAUUGAAAAAUUAAGAUGCAAAUCCAAGACAAGAUUUCUAAGUUCAAUAUGCGCUGAUCACAUUUUGAUUGAAAAGAAAACGGAGUUGAAAUAGGUAAAAUGUUACAGUGUAAAAGAAUGAGCUCCAUUCUGUUCAGUGGUCAAAAUUAUCAAAUUGAAGUAAGUAUCCAAAAUUGUUGUUUAUUAAGCUGUAAAAAAGUGCAACCUUUAUUGGGAUAGGGCAAAUAAUUUGCAUGCUAUUUUAGUUUGAAUGAAACUGCUACAUUCUCCAAAGGGGCAGAGACAAGGAAAACUGAAGGUGAUUUUUGAUAGACUGGUAGUUUUUCCUUCUCAAUUGACCUGCAUUCUUUAAUGCACUGGGAAAGGAAAGUUUUGUCAAAAGUCACUUUAUGCUUUAUUCUGCAUAUCCCUUCCUUUUUUCAUGACAAUUUCUAGUGGAUAUGUGUCCAAUUGAUGUGCCACCUCAAACAGAUGAAGGUGAAGAACCAGAGAGUAUAAGAAGGAAUGUUUCCUCACCAGAGGUACAUCAUUGUUAGUACUGUUAGAAAUGAUCACACCUAGGAUAGAUUACUAACUGUGACACCUGCAUGUAAGUUACACCUUGCAAUUUGGCACUUUUAUAAUUAAAAAUAUUUAGGCAAGAAGGAAAUUAUCCCUUUUUGUUGGUGUAAUCCCCUGUGGGAGUCAGAAGGAAGAGAAAAAUAUUUUGAUGCCCCUUGAACUCUGAGUUCAUAGCAUGUCAGGACCAUAUAUCUCUUAUUGAUUUCUAUUGACAUCUGUAAUGAAUUACUGUUAGUUUUCAUCAUCCUUAAAACCCCUUGGGAAAAAGUUUAAUGAACUCUUCUGGAAAGAAAUUUGUAAAGGCAAACAUGGGUGUGCUGUGGUUGAAUUUUAGAUGUCUCUUGCUUGAGGCAGAAUUGGAAUGUAAGAUUAUGUGGAGAAAUUUGUCUGUUUACUUGUUAAAUGAUAGCACUAUAUUAUACAUGUUUAAUUUUGUUGACAUCAUUUUUGAUAUAGAAAGUUUGUCUGUGGUAUUGUCUAUGUCACAUUGUUUGCACAGAAAACUUUUUGAUUGGGUGCCAAGAAAUCAGAAAUAUAGUAAACACUGUAGUAAUUCAGGAAAAAAAUCAUCAUACUCAUACUCCCAAAGACUGGCUUAACACACUGUCAGAAAACUAAGGCCUGAUUUACUUUAGUUUUUCAGCAAAUUGUAGGGAAGGAUGGCAAAAGUUUUGCAGACUAGUCACAGGACAUGGUGAAUUAAAUGCAAGGCCUUUCUGAUUGAUUUUUCACUCAAUCAAACAUUUUUCUUAAGAAAUUAUCUGUGUUUGCACUAACAGUUGCAAUGUACAGUGAUUAAUGAUGUUUUUGUCAGUAUGCACUGUACCCAUUAUUUUGCACUAUCUGUCUGCACAGCACUGGUUACGUUUUAGUGGUUCCUCUGGAAGCACUGCACAGCACACUAAGUUUAACAACUUGCCUAUGAGGAGGAAAGCAGUGAGUAAACUUAAACAUUGUGAAAACUAAAAAAUGUUCUAAGUUGUAGUUUAUUUCCUUAGUUUUUAAUUUUUAAAGUUUGCUCUUUGCUUGAAAGUGCACAAUGGGCUGUACUUUUAUGUUGGUGUUAUGUUAAUUUUUGGUAGCUGUCAGUUGUUCAAGCCUCACCAUCACACGGUACCCUCAAGGAAAGUGAGGACAGUGCUGGAAGACCCAGGUCACUGUCAGAUCCAGCUUCUGUUGAGGAUGCUUCAACAGAUGGCCAAUCAAGCAAAAUAAUCAACCUUGGUAAUCCUGUGAGCCCUCUUCAAGUCAACAUGCCAAGUACGCCUGCUCAGCAAGGUGAUGUGCCACACACUGGACCUCUUAGUCCCACCCACGUUACAGCAGAGAUAGAGAUAGCACGACCAAGAGCAGCAGUCAAACCUAGCCUUCUUGAUGCCCUUCCAGGGCAGCUGCUCCCCCCUCCAUCUGGAAAACAAGCCCGUGAUGGCUGGACACCCACUAAUAAAUUUAUUUAUCAGGCAUCACCUCGUCAAAAAGAUUCUAGCUCCCCUGAACCUUCCGAAUCACCUCCCUCUUCACCUGAAGAAGACACUCCUACUUCACCACUUUCCCCUGAGGGAAUGAGGACACCUUCACCUCCUCCUCUGGCACAGGAGGAACAGGAAGAGGAAGAACCUAAGGAGGAAGCCGGAAAGGAAGAAGUAGUCUAUCGAGUGAAUAGGAGAAGCGGUGAGAGGCCGAGGUCGACUGGAGAUGUGAAACUUAAUACUAAAAGUGAUUCUGGUUUAGUGACAACACCAGUCGAAGAAGAGGGUCAGAUUUCUGUGUCUUCAGAAGGAAAGAAAGAUCCACCUCCCCCACCCCCUAGGAACAAGAAAGGUCAUUCAAGAUCUUCUUCGUUGGAUCUCAAUAAGCUCUUUGCUACGAAAGCCAAGGAAAAUAGAGGUAUAGAAAUUAAUUCCUGUCUGCUAGCGUCUCAGUAGAAAUGUCUUGCUUUGUUGUUUAUCAUCAUUCUGUAAAUACUGCAUUUUUUGCUGUGCAAGGACCUUAAAAUUUAGAGCUCCUUGGCAUUCCUUAUCCGACGCUUUGUUGAGGUAAUAAAUGCUUGAUGAAACGUUUGGAUCAGUUUCAAACGCCACAGUCGCUCAGUUUAUACAAUACACUACUUCGCGGUAUGUGAAACAUUUUAUUACUUCUGUCUAGUCCAGCGAUAUUCGAUACGUGUUUUGUGCUACUGUUAGAAAUAUGUUAUAUCGAUAACGUUUUACAUUUUUAAAUUGAAAGCCUCUCUGUUCACAAGCUUUAGUAAUGAUAUCGUUCCUCUUUAUAGCGACCGUGAACAGACCUACGGAAUGUUCUUUCUUUAAUCUGCAUAUUUUGACAUUUCCGUGGUAUCAGAAUUUCUCGAGUUAUCAGCUCAAUAUUUUUCUUAUUAUUUUAUAGGAACACCACCAUCACCGUCGUCAAGCUUUUCCAGUCAGGUGCGUGAAUACGGUUUUGAUCAAACUGGCAAAAUUACAGCAAGCUUGGUUAAAAAUUAGCUUAAAUAUUCCAUGCGUCAAAUACAUGGUUUCAAAAAUAGUUCUGUAUUUUCAGACGAGUGACAGUGCAGCGCCAGCAAAGAGCGAACCUAACACACCCAGACACAGAAAAGAGAAUAGUGCCGAACAAGAGAAAGUUGUAGCCGACCAGGAAAAAGUAGAGAAACAGGAAGAUUUUGCUGACUUCAGCAGAUUUGAAAGUUUUGUGGAAGCACAGGAAGGCGAAGGCACACGUGGUUCAUCCACUCGCCCCGGGAUUCAUAGGCGAUCAUUUUCACUCGACCACUCACAUGUAAGGGUUUAAGAUUUUCGUUUAUCCCUGUGUUAUCUUUCUCACUGAGAUACGCGCACUUUUUUGUGAGCUUUGUUAAAUGCGUUACCGUAGUUACCUCUAUUGCUGAAGGUCAACUGCCAAAAGGCAGCAUGCUGGGCAAUGGAAAGCAGCGACUGAAUUUAACAUCUGCUUAUGAAAUAAACUUUAACAAGGUCACGCCGAGAAUUUUCUUUUAAUGUUGAAAAUAAGAAGAUUUCUUUUUGUUUACAUUCCUUGCCCUAGGAGGUAGGGUGGUCUCGCGCAACUCCUGCUCAGAAGGCUUCAAAUGAAGGUGAGGCAUGAAGAAGUUUUGGCUUAAGAAUUUUUGCAAUGUGUAUUCCGUUAUUUUGGUUUAAGAAGAACACUUGCUAUGUGUCACUUACUCUUAGUUCUUCUGUUCUUUAGGAGUCACGACAGCAGCAAGCAGAACAACUCACGCCCAGGAGGCCUUACCACGGCCAGUUCCGAAGUUGGUACGUGUCAUUUAAUCUACUAUUAUUGCAAAAGGUGAUGUGAAGUUAGAUUAGAUCUCAGUAGGCAUGGGGAGGUGUGCUUCUAAAAGUAGCUGCCCAAGUCUCAGACUGCGCAUCCUAGCACCUAAAGUUUGUAGCCACACUUCAAUUUCACUUCAUUCAUUCACUCCAUUUCUAACUCACCAAGAUGUCAAUAACUAUGUUCUGUUUUUCCUCUUUAACCGCCAUCUUCAGAAACCUCCAAGUCCUCCAACAUUAAAACAAGGAAGAAGAGUAGACAAAGAUGGAGAAAAAGAGAGAAAACUUAAAACGGAACCGCCAAAAGUUGUAGUAAGGUAAAACUUUGUCCGUCUUCUACUAACACAGUCAUAAAUGGUACCUAUAAAUUAAUCAUGUUAAGCAUUUAAUUUAUUUAUCAGCUCAUUAGUAUGACAUGCCCUCGUCCAUUCCCCACAAAGGAGAUUGCGCGACGUACUUUUAUAACCAAUUUACAGUGGCCUCGUAGUUCAAAGGAAGGAAUAAUAAGUUAUAGUUUUCGGCGAAAUCCCUUUUUUCAUGUUAACCGUCGAACCUUUGAUACUAUUGCUUGCAUUUGACAUUUUUCUCUUCUUCGUAGGCCACUAACCAAGGAAGACAAAUUAAAUUCGAGAAUAAAUGAUUUGAAAGAAAAGAAUGCUGUGCUAUCUAAAGUUAACAGUGAACUUCAAGAGGAACUGAAAACGGUAGGAUUAUGAUGAGUAUUUUCCGACGACCACUAUAUAAUAAGACUGAGCAUUCCUCUCAGUAGUCUUUGCCUUGAAUUCUUUCGAGAAAUAUCUCUCGCUCAUCAUGAGUUUCCCUUUUUGUUUUCUUCAUAGAUGAUGGAAAAUCGAGCAACACUGGAGCUUAAACUUGGAAAGCUCAAAUCAGAUUCAACGCAAAAGGGAUGAAAACGCGAAUAAAUGAAACGAAGAACGAUACCUCCAAAAAAGAUUUUAUCCUCCUGCAAUGUUAAAUAAACGAAAAAAUUUUUUCGAAUUAACAGCAUUGCUGAUAUGUAUAUUUUCUUGACAUUUCCAUGUUCAGAAUAACUAAAACCAACUUCCACCCUUCUACUAAUUACAUUUUAAUGCAUUACUUUUUUUUAUCUUGCUUUUAGAUACGAACCGGUAAGUUAAGAAUUUUCUCUAUAAGCCACAUUCUAAAGAAUUAUAUUAUAUAUAAGAAAAUCUAAAAAAAAUAUCAUUGCGAUACAUAAUGGUAGAAUUUCCAAGAGAU